UCUAGGAGUACCUUCUCGCAAUGCCUGAGACCGAACCGCUGCUAGUGUCCUCGCCGAGUCGUGACUAUGGUAGCGACGGCGGCGCGUCGCCGAACAAGCGUCGCGUGUCGGCGGUGCGCUCCGUCGACCCGUCUCAGCUGGAGAUCCCGGGAUGCGGCGGAACGCUGUGCUGCCACCCGGGUCGCUGGAUGCACCGCUUCAUCAUGCUCGUGCUCAUGUGUCUGCUCGGCUUCGGAAGCUACUUCUGCUACGACAACCCGUCCGCGCUACAGGACGACAUGAAGCGAGACCUGCGGGUGAGCACGAGCGAGUUCAUGUCGCUCUACUCGUGGUACUCCUGGCCCAACGUCGUGCUCUGCUUCUUCGGCGGCUUCAUGCUCGACAGCGUGUUCGGCAUCCGCGUCGGCACCGUCGUCUUUGCGCUCUUCGUUCUCUUCGGCCAGCUCGUCUUUGCGCUCGGGGCGUUCCUCGACAAGUUCUGGCUCAUGCAGGCCGGCCGGUUUCUGUUCGGCACGGGCGGCGAGUCGCUCGCGGUCGCGCAGAACACGUACGCCGUCACCUGGUUCAAGGGCAAGGAGCUGAACAUGGUGUUCGGGUUGCAGCUGAGCAUCGCCCGAGUCGGCAGCACGGCCAACAUGAACCUGAUGGGUCCCGUCUACGACCUCGUGGGGCGCGUGUUCGACCUUGACGGGUACGAGCAGCUCGGCAUCGCAUUGUUCUUCGCCGCCGCGACGUGUGUGAUGACGCUCAUCUGCGCGCUCCUGCUUGGCUUCUUUGAUCACCGUGCCAACCGCAUCCUCCGGCUGGACGAGGGGAAGACGGCCGAGGCGAUACACAUCACCGACGUGAAGGACUUUGGGCUCGCGUUCUGGAUGCUCUGCAUCAUCUGCGUCAGCUUCUACGUCGCCAUUUUCCCCUUCAUCGGACUCGGCGUGAUGUUCUUCGAGAGCAAGUUUGGCUUCACGAAGAGCAACGCGCUCGCGGUGAACGGCAUCGUGUACAUCAUCUCUGCCGUCGCGUCGCCGCUUCUCGGCUUCAUGGUCGACCGCGUCGGCCGCAACAUCACGUGGGUGAUCAUCGCCAUCGUCGUGACGAUGGGUUGUCACGCGACGAUGGCGUUCACGUUCCUCAACCCGUUCAUCGCGAUGAGCGUCAUGGGUAUCUCGUACUCGCUGCUCGCGAGCGCGCUCUGGCCGACGGUCGCGUACGUCAUCGCCGACCACCAGCUCGGCACGGCGUACGGCAUCAUGCAGGCGAUUCAGAACCUCGGUCUCGCCGUCAUCGCGCUCGUCUGCGGCUCGGUCGUCGACAACAACGGCUACCUCAUCCUCGAGGUGUUCUUCCUCGGCUGGCUCGCGCUCGCUCUCGUCGCCGCGGUGCUGCUCUACCUGAUCGACUCGGGCCGCGGGCUCAACCUGAACCUAUCGGCGACGGGGCGAGCGCAGAUGGUGGAGGAGUUGGAGCGGGAGGAGCGUGCGAAGGAGGAGGCGCUCGGCGACUACGCGCAGACAGCCGACCUACUGCGGCCGCGCAGCAACUUCUACUUCCGCAACCGCUACCUGUCGCGGCUCGGCGCCAAGCUGCCUGAGCACUACAACAUCUACACGUCGGCACUCGUGCGACGCAGCCUGCUGCAGUGAGCGAACGCGUGGACGUGGCGCGCACGUGUAGCCGGCGUCGGUGAGGGCAGGCGUAGCUCUAACUGCAAUUUUACAAUAGGUGUAGCUGUAGCUGCUACUGCUAGAUGUGGACAUUGAGGGUGGUAGGUACAACUAGCCCCCAAGAAUUAGAUCUAAAACGUUUGUAUUUUUGCAUUUUCAAACCCAAGAUUUUUGUUUGUUAUCUAGAAAGCACCUAACAAUGGCACAUGGUUUCUUUGCUUAUUUUGUUGCAUUAGUAAACCUGUCAAUAUUGAAUAGCAAUGCAGGUCUGAAUGCUUGUGAUUUUGCCCAAAAACAUUGUGCUGUAAGUUGUCACAUUAUUUUUGUAUACGACUUGAUUGACUGACCAAUGAAAUGGGACAUAAUUAUAUAUUGCUGGGAUGUCAAAGGGAUUUUUUAUGCAGCAGAAGACAGUAUGAGAGAUACAAGAAAAAGUAAUAGUAAACCCAUUCGUUAAGAGUGUAAAAGCAAGAAACCAUAUUAGAAUUAUCUUUACGACUCGUUUGUCUACGAUUCGACCAGUGUCCUUGUUUGAUCUUGAUAGUUUCGUGUAAAAACGGACUAUUGUAAUGCAUGCAUAUAUAUAGCGUUUAACAAUUUCACGAGGUUGACAUUUUAUUACGGAUCUGUCUUUAGUUAUCACUGAUCAAUAUUCUCACAUGAAAAAAAUGACUAAAAUAAAUGUUGGAAUGUACUUUU